AGGCUCAUGCCUACAGGGUUCAAGCAGCAGCCUGCUCAGUCUCCAAGAAUGUCUCGGGCCGCCCCUCCCAACUUUUGUUUCUUACUCAGAGAGAGUGGGGCUGCCAGUUUCUGAUCGGGGACACGGGGAAAACAAUACUCGAGUGACCACAGCAAUAGAUGUCCAACGUUGUGGGUUGGUAAUCCGGGCCAGCGCCAUUUCUCACUUUUUCCCUCAGAUGAGGUGGAGCAUCAUGCAUCAACGCGCUCGUGAGCUCCAACUCGUUUUCACAGCGUUGUCCAAUUAGACGGACGAGGUGCUGCAAGAUGUAUCGACUGCUCGGCGUCUGUCAUCUGGCUGCUUGCUUCGGGUGACCCGGUCUGAAUCCGACUCCUCAGUCAUGAUCCUUUGCAUUCAGACGGCAAGCAUGAGCCUGACCAGUUCAGGACAUGCGUUAUGGCGAAUAAUCGAGGUCCCCAAUUCUUGAUCAUCUUCUGCCGGGGCAAUCUCUGAUUCUGAUUCUCUGCUUGUAGCCAUGUUCUGCGCCUUCUUUGCGCGUGAGAAGUUACGAUGUUGGCGUCCUGUUCGGAUUCCUGUCCCAUGAAUGUCUCUAACCUUGCGUCGAGCAACUGUGCGUUGGCAGCUCGCCCUCGCCCUCGCCCUUUUCACCUCCUGUCUGCAUGCAUGGCUUCUUCAUCUUCGUCGUCGAUAGGUCUGAUUCUGAAGAAAUGGGUUGAGAGAAAUCCUCUUCUCCCGACUUCCGACCCCGCUUCAGAUUCCGAUUCUUCAUGGAAGGACGACGCCAGAGCAGAAAUUCAAAGCCUGCUCUCAGAGGAGCUGGAGCGAGUGACAGACUUGCAUCUCCAAGGACCGGAAGCGGCCGAGAGCGAAAUUGAGGCGCUGGGGGUCGCCUUACAGCAGCGCCCCUUCCCAGGCAUCCAACAUCUGAGACUGUGCAAUGGCAGGGUUGGUGUAAGAGCACUGGCGGAGCUGGGCCGAGCCAUCGAAGUGGGCAAUUUGGGCAAUUUGAGACUUCUGGAUUUGUCAGGAACUCGUCUCGAUGAUGAUGGAGCCCGAGAGGUCGCUGGAAUGCUGGCAUCGGGAAACUUGUCAUCUCUCACGAACCUGCAUUUACUGCGCACCGAUGUGGGAGACAUGGGACUGGCCGCCAUAGCGCAGGCUCUGAAAUCAGGCGGAGUGUCGGAUCUGAAAUCUCUGAGCAUCGGCUCCGGGAAGCAGAACCUCGUCCACCAGGGAACAGACGCUCUGGGCAAGUCGUUCCGCUCCAUGCCACAUCUCGAAGACUUGCAAAUGCAGGGCAUAGUGAACGAGCAGGCGGCCAUAUGCGUGGUGGACGCCCUGACGUCCGGCAUGGUGGGACGGAUCAAAUCUCUCGAGCUCUCCUACUGCGGAAUCGGAUACCAGGGAGCCAUGGCCAUUGCCAAUGGACUAGAGUCGCUGAAUUUCGCCUCGUUGGAAUGUCUGGACGUGUCCAACAAUCUGGGCAUGUGGAUGGGCGACGAGGGCGUGGUCGCUCUGUCCAGAGCUCUGAAAACAAUCUUCCUCUACAAUUUGCGCAAGCUGGUGCUGAACAAUGUGGCCAUGGGCGAGAGAGGGCUGCUGGAGCUGGCGUCUGUCCUGGAGGCGGACGACCUGCCCGGGCUGCAAGAGCUCCAUGUCCAGGACUCAGGCAACACGGAAACCAGCGCUCGAGCUCUCGUCAAGGCGUACCAAGCGAACCCGUUUCUGGUGGCGCAAAUCUUCGUGGCAUGGCCGGACCCGUCUUACAAAAACAACGCCGAGGGCUUCAGGAGGCAGAAUCUGAAGCUGGUGCCGAGCUUGAAGGUGCUGAUGGACGAGCCCAAUGUGCCAGUCACUCGCGCCAGGAUCUUCCUCUGCGGUCACCCGCGAGUGGGCAAGACGACGCUGAAGAAAUCGCUGGCCCGCCCGCAAGGGCGCAAGCUGCCCAAGGCCCCGGUGUGCAGAUGCGUGGCGCCCGGCCUUGAGGCCGACGAGCACGAGCAUGAGCAGGCGUUCGAGAUCGAGCUCUCGCGCCUCGUGCACAGGCACAUGUUCCUCGGGGUGUGGGAUCUGGCGGGGCAACCCGAGCUGCACAUGCUGCACAGUCCGAGCCUGCCGCAUCUGGCCUUCGCUGCAGGCGAGGCGACGCUGUUCGUGGUGGUGUGCAGUGCGAACUAUGGGCCCGAGGCGACCGAGCGCGAGGCCAAGCGCGAGCUCGAGUACUGGCUGCGCUACAUCUCGUCGAACUCCGUCAAGCGCAAGACGAAGGGCGACGGCAAGCGGCACCAUGUGCUGCUGGUGCUGAACUCGUUCCAUGGCCAGCACUCGUGCCACAGCCGCAGCAGCUGGGAGCACGAGCUGCGCCGCUGCCAGCGCGAGUUCGAUGAGUUUCUCGACAUCCACCACGCCCCGUUCAUCGUCGACUUCCAUAACCGCAAGGACACCAAAUCGUUCAAGCACUCGCUGACCAAGAGGCUGCGCGAGUUUCUGCGCCUGAGCGAGCCCGUGCCGCAGAUCUGCUCGCAGCUGCAGCAGCGCAUCAGCCGAUGGGCCAAGAAGCCCCAGCACCAUCGAUUCCCUGUGCUCCUCUGGCGCGAGUUUCGAUCCAAGGUGCUCGGCUCCGUCUUCGACAAUGUGUCCGAGAGCAAUCUGGCGGCCGCCAUGGACUAUCUGCACGAGGCCGGGCAGGUGAUCUUCUUCCGCGAGGACGUGCUGAAACAUGGCGGCCUGCUCUGCGACGGGCUCGUCGUCCUCGACCCAGCCUUGUUCUGGGAGUCGAUCCUCGGCCGCCGGCUGCUCGGGCUCGAUUGCGCCCCGCUCAGGGCCAAUGUGCAUCCGAGCGGGGCGCUGCCCAUCGACGUCCUGCACGAGCAUUUGGCCGAUCAGCUCUCGGACGCCGCUCACGUGCAGCAGGUCGUCGCCAUGCUCAUGCCUCUGGGCCUGGCCUACAGGUUCAGAUCCGACAUCGAGCACAUCUUCAUCCCGGCGCUAAUCGAGCACGACAAUGUGCCCCCGUACUGGGGCCCUGAGCCGAAUUCGUCGAAUUCGCACUGGAUCAUGGGCUUCGCCAUGCAGGUGACCUCGAGUGGCACGACGCUGCUGCCCAACACGGUGUUCCGCAAGCUGCAGAUGGAGCUGGCGCGCGAGCAGGACGAGUUCGGGGAGUUCAGCUCGAGUGAGUUUUGCGCCGGGAAGAACAUCGUGGCCUUCCGCAAUCCGGAGAUGGCGGUGGCCGUGCAGUACAGCGGCGACCCUCUGAACCGAGUGGAUGUUCUGACGAAGCCUCAAGCGCCCGACGAUCAGGUGGACGAGAAGGAGCUGCAGGUGAAUUUGGCGCAAGCCAUCUCGGAGACCUUCGAGCGCAUCGCCAACGAGACGUGCCCCGGGGUCGAAUUCUCGCGGCGCGUGAUCGAGCCCUGGAGCAGCAGCGAGGGGCUCAGCAGGGCCAUGGACGACAGGAAUGUGGCCGUGGCCGUGGAGGAAUUGAAGGCGCUGCUGAAGAGCGGCGGAAUCGGCGCUCGCACGAAGAUGGCGGUCGGGCGCGAGCCCGUGUACGCCAUGCCGCUGCUGUCCGGCAAGGACAUCACCGAUUUGAGGCUGUGCACGAAGGAGGAGUGCGCCGUGAUCGAGCAGACGAUUCUGCAUCUGGAGCUGUUCGCGUUGUCCGUCGACCCGACCAUCGCCAUGCACGCCGCCUCGCUCAAGGCCAAGGCGGAGAUGGUGCACACGACGCGCGAGGACGAGCACGAGCAGCAGCAGGACACGAAAUCGUACACGCUGGAGAAAUUCUUCUCUCGCCGAGUCGACGAGGCCAUGCUCGACAGGGCCAAGGACAACAUUCGGACCCAAGAGCCACGCCGAGCGUCGAAUUUCUCGCCCGAGCAGAUUCUGCAGAGGGAGUUCGAUAAUCGCAAGUCGCUGGGCAAUCAGAUCCAGACGUGCAUCAGAUUCUCCGUGGUGCAAGAGGACAGCUCGAUGGCGAGGUUGUUGUUCCUGACGCAUCAAGAGGACGGGAGCUCGGGCCAAUGGAUGAGGCUGGAGAAUGCGCUUCUGCUCCGGCAGAAUUGCAGGAUCCACUUUCUGUGUGAAGACCACGCGUUGCACGAGGUCCGAGGCCAGGAAGGGUUCGAGCUCUCGCAGCUCAACGAGCUCGGGAACAAAUUGGGACCAUUAUUAGAGUGGUCCUUGAAAAUUGCGUUCGUGACAUGCAAGAUCGGCCGAACCGCAGUGCUUCCCGGGCUAGACCUGCUGCUCAGAGAUGGGCGCAUGGCCGGGAGCAAGCUCACGAGCACGGCGCAGCUGGCCAAGAUCAGCUUUCUUUUGAAGAAUUUCGCUUCAGCGGGCUCCAAUGACAUUCUGAAAUCCAGAGUUCCUCUGAGCGAAAUCGACCCGCGAGUAUCGAUGAGCAAUGUUUGUUCAACCACCGCGCAAGAAGUGGCAUCCGUCCGACACGAGGUAUCAGCUGCCUUGCGAGUGCUCCUCGCCACCAUGUCUCCCACCGAGCGCAUGCAGAAAUUGGGCCUCAGGCGCGUCAUGCUCGCCAGUGCGCAGAAGUUGUGGAUUUGUAGCGACUGUUAUGCUAAAUACGGCAGUCCUCCUGAAGUCUAGAGUGGAGCCGAGCAUUUACAAGUUUUCCACGCGCCAUUGGAGCUUAUAAAUAUCCUUUCAUCACAUCAGAAGCACAUAGGCACGUCAAGAGCCUUAAUUCCUCUUGCAAUUUCGGUUACUAGAGGCGUUUCUACACUUGUAUAAAUUCUGUUCAAUUCCCAUCUAGAUUCUGUUUCAAACACAAUUUUUAAAAGGAAACUUUAGACAUUUUCUGUACAAUAUUGACGAGUAGUCUCAUCAAGAUACCGAAAAAAAUGGGCAAUGUUCAGGCCUGAUUGAUGUAGGCGAUCGUAUUCCGAGACGCCUUAACUACCUAAACUAGACAGAAGUCAAGGGUAGCAUCGUGCAUAGGGCGCAUUUUACAAGGUGUAACACUGAAAUUAUUGAGCCUUCGUUGUUAUAGACUGCAAGUGAGCUUUCAU